GCUCAGUGUGCUUUCUGUCAGAUCGAGUUUCAAUAGAAAUCAUUUGCCAUUCGCAGUUUUGGUUGUCCAUUUGGAGAAAAGUCAAAAGAAAAAAUAUAAAAACCGCUUAUAGAUUUCGAAUUCAAAGAUGUCUGAUCGCAAAGCCGUAAUCAAGAACGCUGACAUGAGCGAGGAGAUGCAGCAGGAUUCCGUAGACUGCGCCACCCAGGCUCUCGAGAAGUACAACAUUGAGAAGGACAUUGCGGCCUACAUCAAGAAGGAAUUUGACAAGAAAUAUAAUCCCACCUGGCAUUGCAUUGUGGGACGCAAUUUUGGCUCAUAUGUAACCCACGAGACGCGCCAUUUCAUCUACUUCUACUUGGGCCAGGUGGCGAUUUUGUUGUUCAAGAGCGGUUAAAGUCUGGUCGAGAUGUGGGAGGAGGUGAUGGUGAGGAUGCCUUUUGGAGGGGCAAGCACAACAACAACAACAACAGCAACAACAACACGUACAUAGACACGAACACUGAGAGGAAGAGGUGCAGGAUCAGUUGGAGCAGGUUGCAGCAUCAACAAGAAACAAAAGACAAUAAAAAAUAGUUGACAUCAA